AUGGACACGAUCAUGCAGCUUAGUCGACGCUCUAAACACUGCAGUGCCAAGGUCUUUCAGGGCCUAACAACCCUCUUAGGAUCUGUACUACGUCACCGCAUACCUUUCGUGUAUACAGCAUGUUAUUCCGUGUCUCGAGAUAAGAAUCCACAGCUUCCGAGAGUCGUGUCAGAGCACACUUUGUUUGAGAAUCCGUGGAUUCGACUCAAGCGUAUUUUGUUCCUGGACGCUCAAGGCUCUGAACGGCAUUGGACAGGGCUAGAGCGCACAACGACAUAUCCAAAGACUUUAUCUGAGACUGUUUCAACAUCAACCGAGCUGAUAACCGCUCAUGAACAGCAGAAACAGGCAAAUCUGGAAGUGUGUGAUGCUGUGGUAGUGUUUCCAUUCUUGACGAAGCAAGGAACGCCGACACGCGUCGUGUUAAUACGUCAAUUCCGUCCACCAGUUGGGCAAUGGGUCUUGGAAUUGCCAGCUGGUCUCAUUGAUGUACACGAGGCACCUGAAGUAGCCGCCAUGAGAGAACUUAAGGAAGAGACUGGGUAUGUCGGUUCACGGGUGCUACAUAUGGGGCCACCAAUGGUGAAUGAUCAAGGCGUUACCAAUGGAAAAAGCAGACUAUUGCUAGUAGAAGUACGGGAAGAAGAGCAACAAAGUCCAUUGCAACAGCAAUUAGAUCAAGAUGAGAUCAUUCACGUCGUACAUGCUCCAUUGGAAGGUCUUGUGAAUUGGUUGGAAGCUCGGAAACACCUUGAGAAAGAUGCUAUUGAUGCCAGGUUGUACUCGUACGCGCUUGGGCUUCAUGCAUUACCACGUGGACUUGGAAAUAGCUAA